AUGGACGAAGCAUCUGAUGUUAUGCCCAAUGAACUGUCAAUUGAGCACCGCCAACGUCACACGCGGGAUCGUACGACUUCGUUGAAUUCACUUUCUCACUUCAAAAGUGGACCGUCCAAGCAUAUACGACAUAGGCCCACCUUGCGAAAUCGUGGUUCCAAUGCAAGCAUGAAAAGCAUGGGCUCCGAAACUGACCACUCGGAAAUUAUUGCCCCCAUUCCUCGCCGACAUCUCCUGCAAACAUCGCAAAGUCUUCAUUGGCUUAGGGUUGACACGUCGUCAGGAGACGAAUGGCUCAACAGAUGUGUCUCUCCCGCCUCUGCGUCUUCAGUCGGCUCUGUCUUCCCAAAUAACAGGAUGGCAAAUCGACUUAGCUUCACCGCUCUUAUGGAGCACGAAAGAACCGCUGUUGGCCCAUCAUCCACGGCUGAUGCGAGAAUAGUCGAGGAUGAUCAGGGAACUAUCUGGGCCGGAAAGCGGUUUGUGAGGUGGAUGCAUCGAAAUAAUAUGAAAAACUGGUUCGUUCCUUCAGCUAUCGCCGCAUCUACCUUGGUGAAGUGGUGCAUCGGAUUCGGAACAUAUUCUGGUCACAAUACGCCACCCCUCUUCGGCGAUUAUGAAGCCCAGCGACAUUGGAUGGAGCUUACUGUACACCUUCCCGUCAGGGAAUGGUACACUUAUGACCUACAGUACUGGGGUCUUGACUAUCCUCCUCUGACUGCAUAUGUUUCAUGGCUAUGUGGACGAAUUGGGUCUUUCAUAGAACCUUCGUGGUUCACCUUACAGGCAUCUCGCGGCAUGGAGACUGGAAGAAGCAAGCUAUUCAUGCGAGCUACUGUGCUCGUCCUCGAUCUCCUAAUUUAUAUUCCGGCAUUGUACACCUUUGUAUGCGCAUGGCAAGGCGCGCGAUCAUCUAGGAAACGACACGCUGCGCUGCUCACAUUGCUGUUUCAUCCAGCACUUCUAUUAAUCGACUUUGGUCAUUUCCAGUAUAAUUCCGUCAUGUUAGGUUUAACGCUACUUGCAAUUAACGCCUUUGCAGCCGGGCAUGAUCUUCUUGGAGCUAUCCUCUUCGUCCUAAGUUUAGGUUUCAAACAAAUGGCACUUUACUAUGCACCUGCGAUUGGCUCUUACUUGAUCGGAAAAUGCAUCUAUCUAGGCUCUGUUCAUGGCACUCGGCUGUUUCUGCGUCUAGCGCUGACGACAACAUUAGCCUUCGUAAUCAUGUUCGCACCCUUCCUUCCACCCUUCUCUUCUCUCUCUACUAUUGCUGCACCUAUCACUCGCAUCUUCCCGUUUGGACGCGGUCUCUUCGAAGACAAAGUUGCCAACUUUUGGUGCUUUACCAACGUGUUGGUAAAGUGGAAGCAAAUAUUUGCUGGUAGAGAAGGUAUUCUGAUCAAAGUCUCUACUGGCCUCACCGCUCUUGGGUUCUUACCUGCUGUGGCUGCGCUCAUUUUUGGUGGCUACAAGACUCGGUUGCGGAAAGACGCCCCAAACCACUUAGUGAACGUGUCUCCUUCGAUGGUGUCCGCAGCACCGUCAUCACCGACGCCAAUUUUGCCGCUAUUACCCUAUGCACUCCUAACUUGUUCCAUGUCGUUCUUCCUUUUCUCGUUCCAGGUGCAUGAGAAGACAAUUCUCAUUCCCCUCUUACCUCUCACACUCUUGCUGUCGGGCGCCGCACCCACUGACGAUGUAUUCUUGUGGGGAGCGUUAGGCAACAAUGUUGGUGUCUUCAGCAUGUGGCCCUUGCUCAAAAAGGAUGGACUGGGACUCCAGUACCUUGCGAUGCUUCUUCUCUGGAACCGGUUAAUUGGGCACAAUCCAUUCAAACCACGCUAUGGGUAUUUUGUGGGACUCAUAUCUUCUGUGGUACAUACAGUUAUGAUAAUCCUCCACCUGCUCGAGCUUGUAGUGAUGCCGCCUGCACGCUACCCUGACCUUUUCCCAGUUCUCAACGUCCUAAUAUGUACCCCAAUCUUUGGACUCAUCUGGCUUUGGAGCAUCAAGCGUUCAGUGGAAGUGAGCUGGGCUAUAAGCGGACUGCCUGGAAAAUGCGAAAAGGAGGGACCUUCUUCAGCUGCGUCUGCUAUCAGUACAACGCCGUCGAGCGCAGCGUUCGGGCACAGUCCAUUGCGUGGAGAGACGGGGGUGCGUGCGAUGAGUCUUGGAUAUGCAAGUGGGCACGGGCGUGGACAGGCUGAUGCUAGGAGACGAGCGCUGGUGGCGAGCGCGAGUGGUGAUCGGGAGCAUUGA